AUGGACCAGUGGGAUGACCUAAACACUUGCCUCCUUUCCUACUUCUCCAAUGCCGGCGCGGUCAUCUCUCGCCUUCAGGCCCUUGGAGGUGUGCCCAACAUCAGAGAGGACCUCAUGGGGAACCAUAUGGAGGUUCUGGAGCUCAUUGUCGUUAAUGCUAGGGAGACACUGGAGAAGUUCAAUGGCAUUGUGAAAGCUUUAAAUAAGGCACUGCGUGAUACCAAGCAGAUGGGUUACACUAAAAUAAUCAAUUAUCUCCUUGCUGACUUGGAAGAGCAGGCAAGUUCAAUGGUUUUGCCAUUCAGUUCCAGUGACACUGCUGUACUACGUCAACUCUUUGUAGACCAGCCAAACAUUCCAAAAGAUGAAGGUGCAGAAUGA